AUGCGUGUUCUCAUUGCAGCCAUCGCUCUCUUGAGCAUCUUCUCUGACACCUCCUCCGCCCACCCUUCUCUCUUUGACCCUCGCGCUCAAACCAAAAACAUUCGUGUCCCCAUCAGCGAACUCCUCCAAAACUCCAAAGUAGAAAAGUCUGGCAAGGGCACCCAGGGCCCUCUCAAAUUCACGGGAACUCUCCCCCCAGAACUCAAGGCCCUCUACAAGAGCAUGGCUCCCAAGCCCGAUCCCCUCAAAGAGUCUAAGAUGGGUCAAAACGUUUGUCUUGGUGAUCCUUGCUGCACCAAGUAUAAUGAUAACAAAGUCACGCCCACGCCCGUUUUCGAAGUCAGCGAAUGGAGCCAGCAUCUUGGCCUUCCACGCCGCAUCUCGGAGGCCCUGUGUCCGCCUGGCACCGUGACCAACUCGCGAACGGUGUCCUACUCCUAUUCCAUCAAUGUCAACAUUGGUCCUGAUCUAAAAUUCGGCCCAGCUAUCUUGGAUAAAUUCGGCAUUCGUGUCGGCUUUGCAUACACCUGGGGAACUGCUACGACGGUCGGAUAUACCGCUAAUUGCUCGGAUGGCGGCAAGUAUCCUUGUUAUGCUGUUUUCACUCCACGUAUCGGUGUGAUCAAAGGUUGGGGAUAUAUUGCACAGGUGGGCACGAAUGGUUUUAUCUGUUCCAAAGGGGAGAGGUCGUUCAUCGAAAUUCAUGUACCAGUUGUGCCAUCCGACACUUGCAAGGGAGGAGAUAGGAAUCCAUGCGGACCUGCCGGCGUGUACGAUCAUUGCUUUGCGACGGGACCGCAGGCGGCUGCCCUGUGCCCUCGCAGCGGAGUGGAUUUGAAGCAUCCACCCGCGCGAUCCUGCCCCAAUAGUAUUACUGGGCAGCCUUAA